AUGGGAUUUCGCAAGAUCAGCCGUGACGUGAAGCUCGCAGCAAUUCGACUCCAUGAACGGAACCUUCUGAGCCUUCCGGACAUCUUAGAUUCCUGCGGAUUUUCCGAACGCACUUGGUUUCGGAUUUUGAGGCUCUGGUGUGAAACUGGCGAUGUCGUGAACCGUCAGCCUAGCGCAGUAAUGCGUGGUCGUCUGCGUGCUCUCUGUUGA